UCCACCGGAAGCGGAAGUAGAAGCCAUAACUUUAUAAGGAAAUGGCCAAAGAGAAACGACACAAGAGACGGGACUCGCCCGAAGUCAAAGUUAAGGUGAAACAAGAGAAGCUGAGCCCCGCCAGGCCGCAAAGAACAACACGCCGCUCGCAGAGUGACAACAGAAGCCCACCACCGAGGAGGAGAGCCAGCAGGUCACCCGUCAGGACAAGGGACCGCUCGGCAGGCAGGAGAGAGACCUCUUCUCCGACCCGGCGAGGCAGCAGAUCCCCUCGAAGGAGAAGUCCUCACCGCAGUGCCGAUGUCAAGUUAAAGCGGGAGCGCGACGAGCACCGUUUAGGUGGAGAUGAGCAGAGAAGAAGAAACGAGCAGCCUGAGGAAAGACGAAGCAGGUGGGAAUCAGACCGGCCUCAGGACCGAGAGCGCAACGGCGACAGACGCCGGGAGCGGGACGCUGCCUCCUCGCAACAAGCUGUGCGGCGGCGGCACGACGACCAGCGCCGGGAAAACCGGGAGAGGCGCGAGGAAAACCAGGAGCUGGACCUUGGCCGUCCUGAGAAUGGCGGUGAAAGCCCCUCGGACCCCCCCGCCGACAAGGAGAAGCCAAACUUCGGCCUGUCGGGGGCGCUCACAGAAGACACCAACACAUUCCGCGGAGUGGUGAUCAAGUACAACGAGCCACCCGAGGCGCGCAUCCCCAAGCGAAGGUGGCGGCUCUACCCAUUCAAGAACGACGAGCAGCUUCCCGUUAUGUACAUUCACAGACAGAGUGCCUAUUUGUUGGGGAGACAGCGGAAAAUUGCGGACAUUCCCAUCGAUCACCCAUCCUGCUCCAAGCAGCACGCCGUAUUCCAGUACAGAGUGGUGGAGUUUACUCGAGCAGACGGCACCACUGGCCGCCGGGUGAGGCCGUACAUCAUCGACCUGGCAUCGGGCAACGGCACAUACCUCAACAACCAGCGCAUCGAGGCGCAGCGUUACUACGAGCUCAAGGAGAAAGACGUGCUCAAGUUCGGCUUCAGCAGCCGCGAGUACGUACUGCUACACGAGUUCUCUGACACCAGUGAGGUGGAUGCCAAGGAGGCGCAAGAAGAGGACGACGAAGGCCUGGAUGAGUAAAAAAGAUAUGUAUUGUGUACAAUUUUAUAAUGUUGUCUUUUGUGUUUCAAGACAGGACCUGGAACAUUUACCUGAUUAAUUAUGCAGUCAAAUGUGACUCUAUUGUGUAUAGAUAUACAUACAAGCCCUUUUUUUUUUUCUUCCUUCUCAUCAGGGGCUCACAGCAGUCAUGUAAAUUUACAUUUUUGUACUGUAAAUAAAGACUGUCAAAUGUU